CAAGUUUCGAAGAUGCCGCCCAAAGGAAAAAGUGGUUCUGGAAAAGUAGGGAAAGGAGGAGCAGCCUCUGGGAGUGACAGUUCUGACAAGAAGGCUCAGGGUCCCAAAGGUGGUGGCAAUGCAGUAAAGGUCAGACACAUUCUGUGUGAAAAACAAGGAAGAAUCAUGGAAGCCAUGGAAAAGUUAAAGUCUGGAAUGAGAUUCAAUGAAGUGGCUGCACAAUAUAGUGAAGAUAAAGCCAGGCAAGGGGGCGACUUGGGUUGGAUGACCAGAGGGUCUAUGGUGGGACCAUUUCAAGAAGCAGCAUUUGCCUUGCCUAUCAGUGGGCUGGAUAAGCCUGUGUUUACAGACCCUCCAGUAAAGACAAAAUUUGGAUAUCAUAUUAUUAUGGUUGAAGGGAGAAAAUAAAAUUGUAUGAAAGACUGAA